AUGCCCUCCCAACCGGCAGUACCACCCCUCCUAUCGCCAUAUGUAACGUCCCUCCCUCCCUCCUCACUCACAGUCUUGUCCUCAGUACUAGACGCAACGGGCAAUUGGCUCGUCCUCCGAUUUCUCUAUGCUGCACUAAGCGCGCCGUCCAACUCCCACGUUGCGUUCGGUAGCGAUGGCGUUGAUGGGCGGACAAAGCGCAAAGUCGUGCUUGGUUUGGAUCUUGCGCGCCUGACAGACAAGGGCCAAUUUGCCUUUGUCGAUGGACUCUCGGAACUCUUUUACGCACCUUCGGCAACCCCAAGAUCACCGACGCCAUCAUCUUCGCCAUCUGCCAUUCCUCCCAGGACUGUCCUCCCUCUGCGCACAUCCCCAGGCGCUGUCCCGGGACGAGCUCCGCAACCUCUGCCGCGACCGAGCCCCACGGUCCCGAGUAGAGCAUCGACCGAGAAUGGACGUACGAAACGACUACAUUUCUCGGGCAGCGGGUUCGGAGCCCUUGACGCACUCGAGAAUGGAAUCGCGAAUGUGAUCGAGCAGCUAAAAACCUCGAAAGACGGAGAUGAAGGGGAACCCGAAGUCCUACUGGUCAUUGACCAACCGGACAUGCUACUGGCCGCUACGGGUCCGAAUAAGGGUAUAGGCGCUACGGAAAUGGGGGAAUGGGUCAUGGGACUACAGGAGCAUGCUUAUGCGACAAUCCUGACGCUUUCCGCCGAUUCGCCAUUGAUACACAAUGCAUCAACGUCUGCCUCGCAAUCGGCGACGCCAUUGGAGAUGGAGCAUGCCGCAUUUGCCAUUGGAUCGGCUCAUCGGGCGGAGAUGGUCAUGCAAUUGCGCAGUUUGGAAACCGGUGCGGCCAGGGACGUCAGUGGAGUGCUGAGGAUAAACAAAGGAGGCGCCUGGGGCAGGAGUGAAAAGACAGGUGCUGAGGGUGAGUGGGAAGAGAAAGAGGUGCUGUACUUCAUUCAAAGAGAUGGAGGUGUCAGGAUUUUCGGGAGAGGAGAAUAA